AUCGCUUAACUUUUUCAGAAGGCACUGUUGCUCGAGAAGACUAUGAUGCUACUUUGGCUAAUGUUAGCCUAGCUAGCUAACGUUCCUUGCUUGCCUGAAGAUAGCGUGCUCCGCGAAGAGACUAGAACAGAGGCUGAGUGGUAAAUCAAUCAUGGAAGAUAAUACAUAGCACAAACUAAAAUACAUAUUUUUCACAACUUGAAAUCCAGCUAACUAUUCUAUUUUUCUUGUUUUUCUUGGAAUCAAGCAGAGUUAAACGCGUAUCAUUAACGAUUUGGGCAUCGUUUUAUCACGAAAAGGAAGCACGAGCUGGUCAGUGAAUUGUAGCUAGGAAAACUCCAUCGAUUGUUAGCUAGCUAGCGUGCUUGUUAACGGUAAAGCAGAAAGCACCCAAUUCGUCAUGGAUUGCUCGUAAACUUUUUGAUUAAUGUUUUGUAACAUGAAUGUGUUUGAAAAUGAGAGAGUAUUUUUUUAUUUCAACUUGCUAGCUAGCUAUAACGUUCCAUCUGAAAAAUGUCAAAAUGGCAUGAACAUGCAUGUUGACAACGGAGCUAUAACGACGUUAUAAACAUCUGGAAAGGCUCAAGCCUUGAAUAUGUUGGGUUGCUAACGUUACAUAAUUGCGUCACGAAAGCCAUCAGAUGGGGACUAUAUUACACUCGAUUUCUCGAGUUACGGUGGCUUUGUCAUAGGAGCUCGCGCCAUUCUCCUUGGAGACGGCACCGCAGAAAUGUGGGUACUAUAGCAGCUUGCUAAAAAAUACAGUAUUAGGGCCUAUGAGGUGGGCAAUCUUGGCAACAUCACUCGGCACGGACACCACCAAAGAAGUCUUCCGAAACGGAAGAAGUGGCAGGAUGAACAACAUCAACAAAAGCAGACCCUCCAGCUCCGCCAGCUUCUCCUCUACCUCAACAGCAAGUGCCCUUGAUGAUGACAGCACCAGCCUCAGGCAGCAGAAGCUGGAAAAGCAGGUUCCUUCACUGAGUGUUACGAUCAUCUGAAGAACUGGACCAAGGUGCAGCGUGAGGGCGCUGUUGGAGCAGAAGCAGCGGCGGAGGCGGCAGGAGCCUCUGAUGGUGCAGCCCAACCCAGAGGCCCAGCCCAGGCGCUCCAGGCCUCGGCGCAGUGAGGAGCAGGCCCCGCUGGUGGAGUCACGCCUCAGCAUCACCAGCGAUGUCAUCAUAGACGGUAUCGACGGCCCUGCUGCCUUCAUGGGCUCUGAGGACCCAGACCUGGGUGCCAAGAUCCAGAUUCUGUCAGUGAGCAAGUCUCAGCCCCUGUCCCUGUCCCAGUCGCUGCCCCAGUCUCCCCCCGCGGAGGAGCCAGACCGGGACGGGGACAAGGAGACUCUGCUGGAGCCCAAGACGGACAUCCAUGAGCUGCUGCAGAAACGAGGUCUGUCAGGCAGUAUGAACUACGAAGAGGCCAGUGAGGAUGAGGAACACGGUAAUGAAGACCGGACACGCUCGCUGUCCUCCAACCCAGAGUCAACCCGGCCUGCGUCUGCCUCCAGCACAAAGUCCAACACAGAGUACGAGACACCGGGGUCGCCCACGGCGGAGAGCGCCCUGAUCGAAGUGGACAACCUGGAGGAGUUUGUGGUGCGUCCCGCCCCCCGCGGCGUCACCAUCAAGUGCCGCAUAUCCCGGGACAAGAAGGGAAUGGACCGCGGCCUGUACCCCACCUACUUUAUGCACAUGGAGAGAGAGGACGGCAGGAAGCUGUUUCUUCUGGCUGGGAGGAAGAGGAAAAAGAGCAAGACGUCCAACUACCUGAUCUCAGUGGACGCCACGGACCUGUCACGCGAGGGAGAGAGCUUCAUGGGGAAACUGAGGUCUAACCUGAUGGGGACCAAGUUCACGGUGUAUGACCAAGGCACCAACCCCUGUAAGAACCCUGGAGCUCUGCUGGAGGAGAGCAACACACGACAGGAACUCGCAGCCAUCUGCUAUGAGACCAACGUUCUGGGGUUUAAAGGUCCCCGCAAGAUGACCGUCAUCAUCCCAGGCAUGAACAUGAACUUUGAGAGGGUCCCCGUCCGUCCAAACAGUGAGCAGGAGAGCCUUCUAAGUAAGUGGCAGAACCACUCAGUGGAGAACCUGAUCGAGCUGCACAACAAGGCCCCCGUGUGGAACGACGACACCCAGUCCUACGUGCUCAAUUUCCACGGCCGCGUCACACAGGCCUCCGUCAAGAACUUUCAGAUCGUCCACGACAACGAUCCGGACUACAUCGUAAUGCAGUUUGGCAGAGUGGCCGAGGACGUUUUCACCUUAGACUACAACUACCCCAUGUGUGCCCUGCAAGCCUUCGCCAUUGGCCUGUCCAGUUUCGACAGCAAACUGGCCUGCGAGUGACCAACCCCAUCACGACUCCUAACUUGCCAUUCCCUCCAUGGCCUUUUCAACCCACUCCCUCCCCCUCCAGGACAACGCCAAGUCCACAACACCGCCCCUCCCCGUCACAGGAUUCAGCGCCUUCCUUGUACAGUCAGCAGUCAGCUCGCCAGCAGUCUGCCACUAUGGAAAUAAUCAUGAACUAUGACCUCUCACCCCUACGUGGUACAUCCAAUCAUGGCACCCGAAUCAUGCUGACUUGGAGAGCUGAUGAAGAGAGUGGGUGUGUGAGAGAGAGGACAAAAGCAAGUAGAUUUGGGUGGAGGAUAUAGGAUUUUCCUUAUCGGCAGAAAAAUGAAAUUACCGUCCACAAAGGGAAACUUGUCAAAUCAUCAAGGCGCCUUUGUUUUUAUUUGUAUUUAUCUGUAGUUCUGUUUCAAUGAGUUUGUAUUGCUUUUUGUUGCUUUAGCUGUUGUAUAUUGGUGAUUUUAUGUGUAUUGAAAUUGAUUGAAAGGGAAAAAGGACACCAAGCAUCAUAGACCAAACUGUCGUGGGCACUCCCUGUUAGGGACAGGACUUCUAACACAGACUAGACCAGGUCACAGGAGAUGGUGUCUUUGAUUUAUAUCAGAUUUGAAUGUUUUAUAGGCCUCAACACAUGUCUGAUGAACUUAUGAGUUUUUAGCAGAUGUUUUUAAAGUUGCCUUUAAUGUUGAUUCCAAGUGUCAUUUUACAUUCAAGUUAAAACCUCACGGGAAAGUCAAUAGAGUUGUCCAGCAAGCACGAUUAAAGGAUUUUAUUAUAGUUUUAUAUAAGAUAUGUCUUAAUGUUUGGACAUACUGCUCAUUUUCAAAUAUCAUCAAAUGUCAGCCUAAAUGUAAUUUCAAUGUGUGGAAUACAAGAGUUAGCCUGGAAUCCAAACAAUAGAGGAAUAUUCCGUUUGGAUUCCAAGUGACAACGGUCGGCCUGUACUCAGUCUACAUUAUAUGCCAAACUUAUCUACCCAUUUAAAAUUACACCCGAUUGAAUAAUAACACUACAUUUUAUAUGUACUGUAACUGGAAGUGUUAUUACUCUGUUCAGCAGACUACACUUGUACUGUACCAAGAAGUCAUUGAGAACCCACUGGGCAAAAUCUGGUUGAAUCAACGUUUCCACGUCAUUUCAACCCCAAGAUUUGAGGUGAUGACUUUGAAUCAACGUGGAACACUGAUUGGAUUUACAAAAAGGAAUUGCGUCUUUUUUUUAACCCAACUUUUAAAUCCAAUGACUGGGUUUGGUUGAUUUCACGUUGGUUGAUAACUCAACCAAAUGUAAAUCAAAACUAGAUGUUGAACUGCCGUCUGUGCCCAGUGGGAAAAUACUUUUGGGGUGACAUUUAAGGUGCAAAAUAGUUCAAAUCUGUGCAAAAAUAAAUAAAAAGGUGGGCAUAAAAAGUUAAGUAGAGUUUUAAGUACACUGAAAAAUGCAUAAAUAGUGGCCUUUUUUACAACGCUCGUUGCUGAAGAAAAGUUUCAAAUUGCAUCACAAUGCCAGAUUAUGACUUUUACGGUAUUUUUUGCACAGGUUUAAACUAUUUUGCACCAUGUAAAAGUCACCCUUGAUUAAAGUUUCAGCUGGAUGGAUGUGCUAUAGAGAUGAUUCUGUCCAGUACUGUGAUUCUUGUUCUUGGAGGAUUAGGAACAUUCCUGGGUAACCUGCAGGAUGCAUUUGAUUCCUGUCCAAACAAGACAAACACUGAUUAUGUGUGACAGUGUUGGAAAACAAAGUUAAUUCACAAGAUGUACUGUUUGAAAGAGGGAAAGGGUUUGUUUGUACAAAAUAUAUUAAAGAGAGAAAUAUAACGUUUUACUACAAGAUACUUAUGGGGAAUUGCAUUACAUUCAUAACUUAACUUUCUGACAAUGUUUUGGGGAUUGAAUUUCAGAAAUAUGACUGUAAAUAGAAUAAAUUAAGAUAUUGUAAAGUGAA